CUCCUGAAUUCUGCUUACCUUGCAGUUGUUCCUGUAAUUGAUGCUGCUGCCACCUGGAUUUCCACGGAGCUGAACGAGUUCAAAGAGAAGAUCCGGAGGGAAAAGGCUGGGGUGAUGAAGGUGAACCGUGGGAAUGUAGUGACAGUGCGAGUUCCCACCCACCCUGAGGGUAACUCUGUCUGCUGGGACUUUGCCACGGACACCUAUGAUAUUGGCUUUGGGGUGUACUUUGAGUGGACUCCUGUGACCGACACAGAGAUUACGGUGCUGGUUAGCGAGUCAAGUGAUGAAGAGGACGAGGAAGAGACAGAAGGUAAAAAGGGCUUUGUGAAUGAUUAAUAUGUAGAAUAUCUC